AAAGACGUUACUCUCCAUUCGGGAAGUUUCUAAGUGACAAUCGACACGAAACGACUGUGUUUCAAACUUUUAGUGUGUUUUAAUCGGCUGUGUUUGGCUUCACUUUACAGUUACGAGUUAAAGUAACCAGUUAAACCGACCUGUGGUCACCGUGUUAAUUAAACUUGCUGUAGGUUUAUCGCAGUAGAAGCUGCUGCUUUAUGCUCAUGGCUGUCGACUGGAUUGGGUUCAGCUAUGCUGCUCUGGUGUCGGCAGGAGGGGUCGUAGGUUAUGUGAAAGCAGGCAGCGUCACCUCUCUGGUCGCAGGGCUCCUGUUUGGCGUGCUGGCUGCGGUCGGCGCUUAUCUGACAUCUAAAAACCCCAGGAAUGUGUGGCUUUCAGCAGGCACUGCAGGAACUCUCUGUGUGGUGAUGGGACUGAGAUUUCUCGGCUCCUGGAAGUUCAUGCCAGCUGGUUUGAUGACUUUAUUGAGUUUGCUGGUAUUGAUGAAGACCUUCGCUGGAAUGAGAAAGACGCAAUCACACAAAUCUUGAGCUAAAAUAAGCAUUUUCAGUGAGUCUGUAAAUACAUAAAAGAUCAAACUUACAGCAUUCCUCACCAUUUAUUUUCUUACUACAGUCGUACGUUUUAUAAAAAGUGUAGAGUGAAAUGGGAUCAUAUAGAAAGGGCUUCCUGGAGCCUGUCCUGCCUCAGAUCACAUAGCCGUGGUAUCAAUUAUUUUUUCUUUAUUGUAUGAAAAACAUUUUUAAAUAAAGUUUUUGGUUGUG